GCCUUGCUCGUAGCUAGAUCCUGCCCACUUCCAGCUCGACCAGACCUCGCUGAGUCUUGUGUCUACCGUACAUCGCCGUCAUAUCUUCCAUUGAUCCUGCAGAACGUCCUCCACGACCGCCACUAUGUCCGACGCCGAUGACACCUCCAAGAUAACAGCCGAGGCGCUUCCGGAGCUCCUCAAGCUCGACCACGCCGUCAAGGUAGCAGGCAUUGACGUGGACGGCAUCCUGCGCGGCAAGCUCAUGGCCAAGAAGAAGUUCCUGUCUAUAGCAAAAGAAGGCUUCGGCUUCUGCUCCGUCGUCUUCGGCUGGGACAUGCACGACCAAACCUACUUCCGCGAGCUCGCCAUCUCCAACAAGGAAAACGGAUACAGAGACCUCAUCGCCGUGCCCGACCUCUCGUCCUUCCGCCGCAUACCCUGGGAGAACAACGUCCCCUUCUUCCUCGUAUCCUUCUUCGAUCCCGAGACGCAUGCGAGUCUGAGCGCGUGCCCGCGCAGCCUCCUCAGGCGGACGGUAGAUAAGCUCGCGGAGCGUGGGUACGGAGCCAUGGCCGGCGCGGAGUACGAGUUCUACCAGUUCAGAGCGCCGCAGUCCCACGAUGGGCCCGAACGCAAUUCCUCCUCGACGGCUUCGUUCCUGCGCGAUAACCCAGUCAACGCUCUCCCGUCGCUCACAGAAGGCAUGUUUGGGUACAGCAUAACGCGACCGGUGCAUAACCAGGACUACUACUACGGUAUCUUCGAUGCAUGCCUGAAGUUCAAUUGCGGGAUUGAGGGGUGGCAUACGGAGUCUGGGCCAGGAGUCUUCGAGGCAGCCCUCGAAUUCGGCGAAAUCUCCGCCAUGGCCGACAACGCCUCCCUCUUCAAGCUCGUUGUCAAGUCCCUCGGCAGCAAACACGGCAUAACACCCUGCUUCAUGGCGAAGCCGCGCGAAGGCCUGCCGGGCAAUUCGGGCCACAUGCACGUCUCCAUCGUCGACAAUGCCGGCAAAAACCUCUUCUACAGGGGCGAAGAGGACCCCUCCUCGCCCUACCCCGAUAUUCGAUAUCUGAGCGAUCUCGGCCGACACUUCCUCGCAGGCCUGCUGGACGGCUUGCCAGACAUAAUGCCGAUUUUGGCCCCGAACGUGAAUAGCUAUAAGCGGCUCGUGGAAAAUUUCUGGGCCCCAGUAACGGUGAGCUGGGGCCUCGAGCACCGCGCCGCCUCCAUCCGCCUCAUCUCCCCACCGACCUCCUCACCAAAGGCUACCCGCUUUGAAGUCCGCGUACCGGGCGCGGAUACGAACCCACAUUUCGUACUCGCCGCCAUCCUGGCGCUCGGCUGGCGGGGCGUGGAGAAGAAAAUGGAGAUUCCUAUACCACCGCUAGGCAAGGGCGAGGACGUAGGUGGAGCGAGCGACAAGGGAGUCAGACUGGCCAAGAGCCUGAAGGAGGCGACGCAGCGGUUUAUGAGCGAGGGCAGUGUGGCGCGGGAGGUGUUUGGGGAUGAGUUUGUGGAGCAUUUUGGCGGGACGAGGGAGCAUGAGAUUAGGUUGUGGGAUGAGGCGGUUACGGAUUGGGAGGUUAGACGCUAUAUUGAGGUGGUUUAGUUGGGGCUAUGGUUUUGACAUUUUGAGCUUUGGCGUAAGGAGCUAUUGGUUUCUGAUAUCCCUUUUCAUCUCUGCAACACUCAGCGACGAGAGUCCGACGACGCAAUGGACUUUUGAUGUAGCCUCGAUUAUGUAUUAUGCACUAUAUAUACACGUCAGUC